UUGUAGACGUAAUCAAGCGUUUUUUUCACGUUGUAUCUACACUAAAAUAUAUAACUAAAUUUGUAACUAACUUCCUAAUGGAUAUCAAUAUUAAAAGAUACAGUUUAUAAGUUCACAAAUCCAUUGAAAAAUGAAAUUGUUGCUUCUGAAAUAGUUUUAUUUAUGUUAAUUACAUAUUUUAACCUUGACGAUUUCUCCUUGUUUGCAUACCACCACAAGCAUACGAUCGUAAAAAACUUGUUUGUUAAAUACUAUCAGUAAAAAUGCAUUAUUUUAAACUAAAAAAUAGGAUUAUAUUAUACCUAUUUAUGCUUUUACUAACUUUGCUCUUCGGAAAAUUACUUUUUGUUAGUAAGGAAUGCAAAAACUUAAAAAACCAAAUACCGUCAAUACACCAAAAUGUUAUUUUUCCUGAUUUCUUCAAUUUAAAUGACCAUAUUGUGGAGUUUGACGAUAGUAAUCAAAUACGUAAAGUAAAACAACGUAAUGUUGUUGAACCUAUUGUUGCACCUGACAUUAAUUUGGAAAAGAUUGUAUCUGAAAACAAAGAUACUUCUUAUUUACAUCAAAAGUCUGAUUUUUAUGGACCUCAUCGAUUGGCCAUUAUUGUUCCUUAUCGAAAUCGAUUUGAAGAGAUGAAAGAAUUUGUUCCUUAUAUGCACAAGUAUUUGAAUGCGAAAAAAAUAAAUCACAAUAUUUAUAUAAUGAAUCAAGUUGACAAGCACAGAUUCAACCGUGCGUCUUUGAUUAAUACAGGCUUUUUGAUUGCACGAAAUGAAUCAUGUGAUUAUAUUGCAAUGCAUGAUGUAGACCUCAUGCCAUUAAAUCCUAAUUUAAACUACAACUACCCUGAACUUGGUCCAUUUCAUGUUGCUGCUCCAAACCUUCAUCCAAAAUACCAUUAUUCUACAUUUGUUGGUGGUAUUUUGCUAUUAUCUGUGGAUCAAUUUGAGGAGCUAAAUGGUCUGUCAAAUAUAUUUUGGGGUUGGGGUCGCGAAGAUGAUGAGUUUUACAUGAGAAUUUCUGAUAAAGGUUUCAAGGUUUAUCGACAUGGUGAUGAAAUUCUUACUGGUUUUAAUACUUUCAAGCAUUUUCAUGGACCGGAGCGUAAACGUGACUAUGUCAAGCUUCCUGGUCAAAAAAAGGCUAUGUUUUCGCGAGAUCGUGUCACUGGAUUAAGCACACUUGAAUACAACAUUGUGAAAAGACAAGAAAUUUAUAUAGACGGUUAUCAUUGCUCUGUUAUAGACGUGGAACUUAAAUGCGAUUUAAAUGCUACCCCAUGGUGCGAUCUUCCAGUAUCAACGUAAAAAGAAAA